UGUGGGAGGUGCCCAAGGGCGAGCUGCUAGCUUCCCGGGCACCGGGUGUUCCCCAGCAGUGACUCAGACCGUGGCUUCCUGCGGCCCGCGAUGGACUUUUCGGAGGAGACUACGGGUGCUUUAAAGCCCUGUCUGCUGCGGCGCAACCGGAGCCGGGACCACCACGGCGCGGCGGCCUCCUCCCUGGAGGAGCUGAAGAGCAAGGCUUGUGACAUCCUGGCCAUCGACAAGUCCCUGGAGCCAAUCACCCUGGUUCUGGCGGAGGAUGGCACUAUCGUGGACGAUGAAGACUACUUCCUGUGUUUACCUGACAACACCAAGUUCGUAGCGCUCGCCUGCAAUGAGACGUGGACAUACAGCAACACAGACGGGGGCACGGCGUGGCUCUCCCAGGAGUCCUUCGAGGCGAAGGACGAGACGGACAGCAGCGAGGGACACAGGUGGCAGAACCUGGCCCGGCAGCUCAAAGGCGAUCUCUCCAGCAUCGUCCUCCUGGCAGAGGAGGAUCUCCAGACGCUCAUCGACGUUCCCUGCUCAGACUUGGCUCGGGAGCUCUCCCAGAACCCCGCGAAAACCCGGGACCUCCAGAACACCCUCCAGCAGGUGCUGGACCACAGAGAGGAAGCGCGCCAGUCCAGGCAGCUGCUGCAGCUCUACCUCCAGGCCCUGGAGAAGGAGGGCGGCAUCCUGUCCAAGCAGGCAGAGUCUGAGGCUGCCUCGGAUGAAGGGAUGGACGAAGUGGAUGCCGAGAUCGCGGGCCCCGUCACACUCUCCAGUCCUGUCCUGAGGGUGCUCAAGGAAAAGUUCUCCCCGGAGCUGAGCCUGUCCAGCCAGGAUUUAGAGCUGGUGAUCAAGGAGCACCCGGAGGCUCUGGCCCGAGCUUUGAGCUGGGACCCCGAGAAGGCCGAGGAGGUCCAGAGAGCCUGUCAGGAGCAGCUCACCCUGCGCCUGCAGCAGGUCCAGAGCCUCAACGCGCUGCACAGCAUCUCCGCCAGAAAGAACUCUCUGACCGAAGAGCCCGUGAGCCUGAAACGGGCCAAGUGAGCCCCCGCCUCCUGGCCGGCAGCUGCCGGACCCCCGGCUCUUCCUCGGGUCAGCAGCAGCAGCUGACUCCGGCUGUCCGGCCUGUCCAGCCCCUCCGGCCCCUCUUCCCCUAUCUUAGGGUCACCCAACGAGGGGAAGGGGAGGGAGCUGGACACACGGACCAAAAGGCCGCACCCCCUCUGGAAAACCGUCACGGGAACCCGCUGAUAUCCUGAGCAGCCAAAGCGCUUUAAAUACCUUGGGCUCCAGAGGCGAGACUCGGCUCCCAGACUCCUCCUGGGCUCCUGCCUUGUUGGAAGAGAAUCCCAAAGGGGGACACGUGGCUCGUCGCUGCCUCCCCUGAGACUGUAGCAAAAAGACUGAUGGGGGAGGGGGGCCGAGCAUGGGCGGCUGGGGAGGUUGGGGGGGAAGCUUUCAUUGUCCAAACUACCAGAUUUUCACUUCAGCUUUGGGGUGUAGCUGAAGUCUGCAGAUGAGGAGCAGCUUGAGGUGGAAGGGGGCUGGGUGUUUCACUCCUAAUGGCUAAUUCAGAGCGAGCUGUGGUUUGGGGGGCCUCGGGUUCGAAUCUCGCCUCCAACACCUCCUGAGCCGGGGGCCUCAGGGCCCUUGUCCCGCUCCGGGCCAGAAGCAUGUUAACCCUGGGAGGCAGGCGCUCCCACGCACAGGUGUGUGCUGUACGGCUGCCACUGAGCUGUACGUCACAUAGAUCCGUGUGCACGAGACAGCAGCCACUGAGCCGUAUGUGACGCCCAUGCAUCGUGCUGUGUAACCGCUGCCGUCCCGAGCAUCCCCAGAUGUGUGUAUACGGGUAAUAAAAGAUUCCAUAUUACGGAACGGCCGGGUUGUCACGGUGACUCGGGCCCUCCUCCCCGGUUCCAGUGGGGGAGCUCCGGGCUCCAGCCGGUUUCCACGUGACGUGGUGCGGGCCAUCCGGGCCAGAGACUCGGGCCUCCGGCGCCAGGAAACUUCUAUGGAGGGGACGCAGGGCGGGCCGUAUGUUAGUUUCUGUAAAGCAUCCUGGGAGAGAGAGAGAGAGAGCGCUGCUGAUAAAGGGCCUCAGACUUUUAAUGUUGGAGAAAGCAUAAAAUCAGCAGCGCCUCCACUGUUGUUGAGCCCUCCCUUCCAACUAACAGGCAGUGACCCACACAUCUGGCCCCCUUGUCUCCUCCGCAUUCCCUUCAUGGAAGAUGGAUAUGGAUUUGCUGUGAUCUCAGGGCCAAGCUUGGUGACUUUUUUUUUUUUUUUAAUAAUUUUUCUGGAUGCUUUUUGAUUUUUAAUCCACAUUCAUGCAUGGUCACCCCCUCCCCAAAUGAGCCUCUCAUGAAGAAAUAUUUAACUGACCAAUAUAAUAUUUUGUUCCCAGAGUGCCCCCCUUUACUGAAAACAGUGAGGUGCUUUUUCCCAUAAAUUGUGAGCUUCUUGAGGGCAGGCAGUGUCUCUUGCCUCUUUUUGUAGCCUCCAGGCCUUUUUUUGCACAGUGCCAGACAUUUGUUGGAGUGUGUCCAGCUCUUUGUGACCCCCUAAACCAUAGCACCCCAAUGCCGUCCAUGGGGUUCUCUUGGCAACCUAAACUGAGCUGGUUGACUGCUUCUUUCUCCAGCUCGUUUUACAGAUGAGGAAACUGAGGCAAGCAGGAUGAAGUGGCUUGUUCAGGAUCACACAGCUAGGAAGUAUUUUGAGGCUGCAUUCAGGUCUUCCUGCCUUCGGGGAUAGCACUUUUAUCAACUGAGCCUUCUAACUGCCCCUGGUUCAUACUAGGUGCAUAAUAUAUGUUUAAUGCCUGUUUGGGACAAAAAAGUGAGGCAGUGGACAGAGCACCAGUCCUGGAGUCAAGGACCUGAGUUCAAGUUUAGCCUCAUACAAAUACAGCCUUAUGACCCUGGGCAAGUUACCCUGAUUGCCACACCCCCCAAAAAAUAAUUUUUGAUUCUUCCAGACCAAGAACAGUCACUAUAAUCGUUCAGCAUUUGUCUUCUGGCAUUGUACCCCUGGUAUACAACACUUCCUAGGGAAUUCAGUCAGCAACUUUGUUGGCGAUCCAGAGAACCCUGAUCUUUGUCCUAGAACAAAUCCUGAAUGUUUUCUGUAUUCCUUCUCUCUCCCUCCCCCCAUCUCCUCUGACAGUCUGCUGAAGCCUAUGAACUACUUCUUAGAGUAAAGCUUUUCAAUAAUUUAA